UUUUAGAUGCAUUAUGUCAUUUCCGUAAACAAAGAAAGUCUGUCAUUGAGAUUUAUCUACGUUGUUCUAGACACUUCUGAAAAAACCUGACACACCAUUUUUAACUUGCUGAUGAGUAACAUCAAUCAUUUCAUCAACAGCAAGAGCGCACAGUAGACGACUGGUUAGUUGAAAUCGUAAAUAGCCUCCCUUGUGCUGAUCAAGAGAGAAGAAGGAUGGCAGAGAAGGGAGACAAGGAUGAGUUGGAUUUCCCCUUGGGUGGAGUUACAUCAGAUAAUGAGGAUGAGCUUAAUUCCUCCAUGGCAAGCACUGGGAGUGAGGAAGGACACGAUAUAAAAAAGAGACGAACACAAACUCCCAGUCCGCGCAGGGCUUCACCAUUUUCAGUUCCAGCCUCACCACCUCAGUUCAUGACAAUGGAAGAACUCAUCAAGGCGACUGCUGGGGUUAAGAAUAUGAGCCUUGCUCAUGAGAUAGCAGUGGAUGCAAAUUUCAAGAUUGCUCCUGCAGAAAAGGAUCCUAAAAGUUUUGAAAAGCAAGUGGAAGUUAUAAUGCACAAGGCGUUUUGGGACGUGUUCCUGGAAAAUAUCAACCAAGAUCCUCCUAACUACAAUCAUGCUUUAGUCCUUAUUGGGGACGUUCAGAAGCAACUGUUUUCAGUCAUACUGCCAAACCAGGUACGACUGAAAGCCCAGAUUACCGAGGUCCUUGACUUGGACCUGAUCAAACAAAAGAUGGAGAAUGAUGCAUUUGAUCUCUUCUAUUAUUCCAACUAUGUUAUCAACAUCAUGGCUAAACUGUGUUCUCCAGAACGAGAUGAGAAAGUGGCACAUCUACGAGAGAUAAAAGAACCAGUACCAUUGUUUAAGGAGAUAUUUCAGGUGCUGGACCUGAUGAAGAUGGAUAUGGCUAACUUUACAAUCCAACAGAUAAGACCAUACUUACAACAACAGUCAGUGGAGUAUGAACGUACUAAGUUCCAGCAGUUCAUCAAAACACAGCAGGAUGCUGGAAUAGACGGUCUUGAGUUGACCAAACUAUGGCUCAAGGGGUGUUUUGAUGAACUGACCGAUGAGGCAAACACUGACCAACAAGCCGGUGCUACUCCAAGUCUGACUCCAGCAUCUGUACUGAAUGAGGCUUACAUGGAGCUGUUAAACUGGGACAGGCAGAAACUGUAUCCAGAGACACUUGUGAUGGACCAGAGUCGGUUUACUGACCUCCAGGACAAGACGAGUCGGCUAACCCUAGUGGCCUCAAUACUGCUUGUGACCUAUAAUACUGUGGGCGCAGCUAUCGCAGGUGUACAGACCUUUAAGGAGAAACUCAAGUCUGAGAUCUGUGUGAUACUGGACGGUGUGGCAGACAGUGACCUGAGUGAAAAGAUGACCAAUGUAGCCGAGCAAAUCAACAAGUCAGUGCGAGAGUACAUGCCAGAACAUGGCUUUAAGGAAUGGGGGACUGACCAGCAGACACUGAUGACCGGUCAGAUUAAACAAGUGUGUAGCCAAGAACACCCAGUCUACAAACUAGUGGCUAAGAGGUUAAAAGAAUUUAUCAAACAGAUCAUUUCCAAGAAGCACACACAACCAUUACAGAUGCCUGUGGGGUUCUCUGUGGUGGAAGCAGAGCUGGGCCAGGUAUGUGGUCAGUUCUUGCGUCUUAUCUCCCACAACCGGUCAGUGUUCUUUGCGUAUUACUCGGACAUCAUAAACACUCUGCUACAGUGGAAGACGGAGGAUUUGUCUCCUCGGGGGUGAAGUGUCAUUCUGGAUCACAGACU